AUGCCCGUGCAAACGAGUCCACCGUCCGUCCCGGACUCAUUCCCUUCAUUCAUGUCCGUCUUUGGCGGCCCUCUACCGCGAUACAAGGACGAGGAAAACACCAUUCACCCGCUACAAUAUCCAACCCAUGUGCCUGUCAACACGCGCUUUCUCUCGUCCCCACAUCGUGAAAGUGUCUCGUCCAUGACGUCCGCCUCGACCGAGUCCUCCCCGACCACGACCAUUUCGCCCUUUGACUCGCCCGGUGGGGGUGACGUCUCCCCGAGCUCAUCGCCCGAAUCCCCUUCGGCCAUGUCGAUUCCGCCCCAAACCAUGGUGCCCGAGUGGUCGCGACCGACCCCUCCGCGUCCUGACUCUCCGGGUCGGCGGGCGCGCAACCUGAAGAACCUCUCAUUGCGGAUGCCGCCUCCCUCCAUGUCUCGGCCUCCCAUUGCCACGGCGUCGCUGGUGGAAACCUCAUCCAACAGCCUCGCCCCACCAUCACCCCUCCAGAUUCCCCAGAAGAGUUCGAGGCGCCGUCCAGCGAACUUGACCAUCCGGACACCUACAUUUGAUAAGACAUUCCCGAGCGAUGAUGUGCCUCCAACUCCAUCCUUGCGCCAUGCAGAAUCCUCCCCAGCUCUCGCGGCUAUCACAUCCCCAUCCUUCGCUCCCAAGGGGGGCAUGCAGCUCCCACGACCCAUGUCGCACCAUGGCGUACGGAGCUUCUCUACACCAAAUGAAGAAAGUGGAAUGGAUGGAUCUGGUUUCUCUCGCCGUGUGCUGCCGGGGCUAGAAGAAGAAGAUGACCACCUCGACUCGCGCGAGUCGACACGCAAGAAGGACCGUGGAUACCCCGAUGGACCGAUCCGGAUCCAUGACACUGGCGUUUACCUGUACCUGGAGCCAACAGCCGAGGAAGCAUCCCAGUUUGAUGUGGUGAUCAACGUCGCCAAGGAAGUCAAGAAUCCCUUCAACACCGCCGAGGAGGAGCGAAAUGACACAGUGAUGAGCACCUGGCGUAAUGCCUCCAUGGCGUCGAAGCGCUGGUCUGGUGAGCCUCAAACUGCGGCCUCGGAGAUCUCCUUCAAGUCUGCCUUUGAAUUCCAACCCUCGGACUCUCGAGCGGCCACCCCCACAACAUCAACUCCUACACCACAACCUGAGUAUCUCCAUGUUAGCUGGGACCACAACUCCGAAAUCCUCGAUGACCUACUCCCUCUUUGUGAGAUCAUCGAUGACCGCAUCGCCAGUGGAAAGAAGGUCCUUAUUCACUGUCAGCUCGGUGCCAGUCGUUCCGCCUCUCUAGUGAUUGCCUAUGGACUGUACAAGAAUCGACACAUGGAUUUCAACUCCAUGUACGAAGUGGUCAAGGGCCGGAGUCAGUGGGUUGGACCUAAUAUGAGUCUUAUUUACCAGCUUACCGAUUUCCGCUCGCAUUUGAUGCGUGGCUCGACCUCGAAGCCCCCUCCCCAGGAGUGGUUUGUUCAAACUGGCAGACGAAGCUCCGAGCCUCAGGUUGCUCGAUCUGAACGUCCUGCCAAUGACAACCGACCGAUUUUCCGUGGACUUUCUCAGGCACCGUCCAUGAGCUGCCUUUCCAUUCCAGAAACUCCUUCAAUGCGUCCCACUACCAGUGACAACAGUUAUACCAAAUUCAAGUCUUACUCGCCCAAGAGAAGUCUAUCCCCUCGUCCCCUUCCAUUCCGCCAGAAGUUCCAAUCGGUGGAACCUGCAUCAGGUCGACCGCGAGGCCUCCCACGCAGCGUCAGCAGCUGUGAUCCUCUCGUUCAAACGCACGUAUUUGUGCGCGACGCGCCCGGCCAAGGCGGCGGUCUCUUCUCACCUCGAACAAACGAGUUCCUAUCACCCCAGCCAGUGGCAGCACCCUCCUUCCACCGAAUCGAUCGGUCGGCAGCCCUCUCACCCCCUCCUAUGCCCAGCUCCGUCCAGUUCGCCGCUGAAACAGCUGAUCCUCGCUCGCCUCCAACAGCUGGCGAGCCCCUGAUCAUGAGAUCGAUUGAUGAAUUCCUCUGA